AUGGCUGAGGAACCGCCUCGGAAAAGAAGGGGUGGAGUCCGACAAAGGCAACAAGCUGCAAGAGAAGAAGAAGUUCAGACGAAGAGCCACCUAGCAAAAAUCCUGCUAGAGCGAUGGUGUCGUGGCGAGAUCUCGCCACAGCAGGUUCAAACUUUGGCUCAUGCGGCCUUGAAAGACAUGAAACAGGUUUCGCCGGAAAGCUCGAUGCCCGAGCUUGAAAAUCUGGCUAAGCUCGGCGACUACGGACACUGUCCGAACAACUGCAACAAAGAGCUUCUAGCACUGGUGGAGCCGAAGGUAAAGUUCCCUCAGCCGUACCAUCAGCAGGUGCCCUUCAAACAGCCGCUUUACGACCAAGACCAAGCUUUUUUUCUUCCUCAUGAGAUAUUCAGCAAGAUGUACACGGAAUACCCUCAGCAGUUCAAGGCCUCGCUGGUCCCAAGCGAUCAGCACUUGGAGGACUUCUGGAGUCAGAUGCAACAUAACCCACGAUGGGAAGGUCACGAGUUGCGGUCUCGUGCUGAUUUCCGGCACAAGGCUGUGCCUUUGGGCCUUCAUGGCGAUGACGUUCCAGUGGUUGGAAUAGGGAAAGGAUGGAGCAGCAAGAUGUCCAUCUUUAGUAUGUUCAGCCUUGUCGCUGUUAAACAGCCGACCCGUGAAAAAAUGCUGCUCCUUUACAGUGUCUUCGAGAGAAUCAGGGUUCGCGAAGCUGGCCGCAACACUCUUUAUUCCUUCUUUCGCCUGUUGGUGUGGUCGCUGUAUUGGCUGUUCCAGGGGGUCUGGCCCCGCACAGACCCACAAGGCAAGCAGUUCCUUGCUUCGGAGGUCAGACAUCUCGGCAGAGCACUUUCCCGGGUUUUCGAUGCUAAGAUGAAUGAUGCUUUGCAGAUCCACAGAGAUAUCAGCAGAAUGUUGCACUACAACAUUCAGAUGGAGGACAUCCUGGAGGAGAACAAGGAAAUGUAUGCCUUGCCAGAAGAUGCUGCCAAUCGCUUCGCUCGCUGCUGUGAUGCGAUGCUUCUGUUACAAGAACGAGUCGCUCGCCACUUCGCGACGGAUGUCAUGACAAAGAUGGCCCGGAAGUACCGGAUUUGCAUGCAUUUGAAGUUCUCAGAAGCCGCCGACACCGACUGA